AUGGAGUCUUACGAAGCUUUAUUGGCCAGAAUCCAGGCAAAAAGAGUCCAGGAUGGACGCAUGUCUGUCGGAUUUGCUGCAUACUCGGAUAGUGAUAUGUUCAAAACCAAUACUUCCACUAAGCCUUUGGCAAAAGACUUUAGCGCGCAUUUUAGUGCAGAGAGCAGUCUGCGUACUCAUUCCGUGUUAAAGCAAGCGGCGGCAAAGCACCUCAAGACUCCCGGACUAGUAUCGCUUGGAGGUGGGCUUCCAUCUAGCGAAUACUUUCCUUUUUCAGAGAUCUCUUUGCGUAUUCCAGAUCCAUCUACAGACUCGUGUGCCCCAGAUCAUGAUGUAACAAUCUCCAAGCACGACAGCAGGAUAGGUGCCUCCGAAUAUGAUCUUUCGCUUGCCCUCAACUAUGGGCAGCCAAUGGGAUCGCCACAGAUGCUUCGAUGGAUCACGGAGCAUACCGAGAUGCUGUUCAAUCCCCCAUAUGCAGAUUGGCGGGCCUGCCAGACUGUCGGAAACACGGGCGCCCUCGAACAGGCUAUUCGUUUGUUGUGUGACCGUGAGCGAGGCGACUCCAUCCUGAUGGAAGAAUAUUCGUUUUCCACAGCCAUUGAGACAAUUGCACCACAAGGCAUCAAGAUGUUUGGCGUAAAAAUGGACGCAGAAGGUCUCUUGCCUGACUCCAUGGACCAAAUGUUGAGAAACUGGGAUGCAAAGACUCGUGGUGCGAGAAAACCUCACGUCCUGUACACGAUUCCCACGGGGCAGAACCCGACAGGGACAACCAUGAGCCUGGAGCGUCGCCAAGCCGUGUAUGCGGUUUGCCAAGAGCAUGAUAUCUUCAUUAUCGAAGAUGACCCCUACUACUUUCUGCAAAUGCAAGAUCAGUUCGACGGCCGCGGGAUCGAUGACGACGACAAAAGUGCGCAAAAGUACUUCGAGAAUCUGGUGCCGACUUUUCUGAGUCUCGACACAGACGGCCGUGUAUUGCGCAUGGACUCGUUUUCCAAAGUCGUAGUACCAGGUGCAAGACUCGGAUGGGUCACAGCGAGUGCACAAGUCAUUGAGCGUUUCCUCGCCCAUGCUGAAGUUGCGAAUCAGGGACCUGGAGGCUUCUCGCAGCUCAUGUUGUGGAAAUUGCUGGAUGAGACUUGGGGCCACGACGGAUAUAUGAAAUGGCUUUGUCAGAUGAGCAAGCACUACCAGAGACGGCGCGAUGUGCUGUUGAAUGCCUGUGAGGAGUUUUUGCCUCGAGACAUUGUCACUUGGGAUGUUCCACAGGCAGGAAUGUUUAUAUGGAUCAAGGUGCAACACCAAAAGUGCUCAAACACCAUCGAGUCGACAGCAAUAGAGCUGGAAGAGAAGAUAUUUGACCAUGCUAUUGCAAACGGUGUACUUUGUGCUCGGGGCUCAUGGUUCCGGGUUGAUUCACAGAAGCCACUUCAGGAGAUAUUCUUCCGCAUCACGUUUGCCAGUGCAGAGGAGGAGACUAUGAAGGUAGCAAUACAGCGACUAAGUGCAGCUAUUCGCCAGUCCUUUGGAACGGAGAAAUAG